AUGCUUCAUUGGACUAUACCCACUCUGUGUAUUAUUGUGGCUAAUUUGGCUCUUGUAUUUCGUAUUAUUCGACAAAAAUUACGUCUUCAUCGACCAAUUCGAUGGUGUCAACAACGUAAAAUGACUCUUCAACUUGUGCCUAUUUCUUUUCUCUACGUUUUUUUGACAACACCAAUUAUUGGAAUUACUCUUGUCCAAUAUGUUGGCACUGGACAAUCACAUCUAGUUGUUCAGAUUCAGUUAUAUAUUGUAUUCGCUGCUGAUUUUAUCUUUUUACUUCUACCGUUUACAUAUUUGAUCUCAUUGUCUGAUGUUUGGGAAAAGCUUUGGAUUCGCCUACAAAGACGGCAACAUCAAACUGAUACACCAAAGAGCUGUCGCACUUAUCAAGCAACUGUUUUAUAG